GUCGUCAUUUUGCGUUUCCUGUGUUUACUUGUAUGCCAUGUCGCAGAUCAAGCUUGGACUCCAUCUUUGCUUCAUAGUUCUUCAUUUUGAUCUGUCGAAGGAACUUGGCUUAUCACUUUCUUUGCACAAGCUCAAAAUCACAAAGAUUUGAGGUUUAAUUAAUGACAGACCCGUCUGACUUUACCCCUAACGUUGAUAAACCCGAAGAGUUCAGUAGUGGGGUAGAGGAGAAUGACCCGGUUCCAGCAUUGCAAAGUGGCGAAGGUUUGCCUUAUGCACCUAUAAAUUGGCCAAAACCUGGUGAUAUUUGGGGUUGGAGGGUUGGAAGGAGGUUCAACACUGAAGGUUACUAUAUUGAUAGAUAUUUGUAUCUUCCUAGUAGUCUUCACAAGCCCACUGUUUCUAAACAGUUAUCUAGCAAGCUAGCAGUUGAUCGUUAUAUUCAGUCUGAAUUCCCAGAUGCAGACAUUGAAGAGUUUUGGGCCUCUUUCAGUUGGAAGGUCCCUGCACUUAAGGAUUCAGCUGCAGUCCCCUACAGUAGGUUCAGUACCAGUAAGGCCAAUACUCCUCUCAAUAAAGAAAAGAAAAAAUUUACCAGGCAGCUUCAGGCAGAAAUAAAUUCCAACUUAUCAGUCAUCCAAGGAAUUGAUAAUCAGAUUGCCCAGCUUCAAUCCCGGCGAGCAAAGCUUUCAGAGAUACUAGAGACCAAGAAGGGUUUCGUAGCUAAGUUAUCUGUCGAUGAGCAGGUUGGAAAUGGUAAAACGACGAAUGAAAUUGAGUUAAACUCCGAAAAGCCUGAAUGAAAGAUGAAGAAAGAGAAUGCAGGGAAGCAAAAGAUGGAAAUUCUUGCUAAAGUAGAUCCAGCUAACGUUUUUGCAACUUAGACUGAUAUUUAGAUUAUGAAGCUAGAGCUUGACUGCAGCUGGAACUUUGGUGUUAAAUUAUUUUAUGCUGUACUUGAAGUCUUCCCUUUUAUGUAUAUGGACCAACUGGCCUAACAAAUACUGUGUAUCUUAUAGUUAUGUGUUGUCUUACAAUGCAUGAACAUCAAAUUCACACAGAAAAACACCAUUUAUGAGUAAUGAAAAAUAGCAGAAAAUAUGUUAAAGUUCA